GGGACUACGCAAGUUGUUCCUUUCAAUACUUUUAUUGCAAAAUGAUAUAUAAUGAGUACCAACCAGAAAGGUUUUAUCAAUUGUUAAUGUCCAUAUCGACAUGUUACUUGCUAAUGUGGUUAUUUUGUCUGCCAUAGCUUCUUGCUUGGCUCUGACUAGCGAAGCUUUACCCGGCUGCUCAUCACGUGUGGUCGUGGGAGCUUCUGGCUUUAAGGUAAAAGUUUAUGCUUACCCCCUCGGGGAUCAUUCUAAAAUGGCCGACUUGAGUUGGAUGUCCGAAGGGUACAAGCAAGCAUCGGUUUUGGCUGAAAUUGACGAUGUGAAGGAAGCUAAUUUCUAUUGGGAGUACGAACCAUUACCUGAGUCGAAUGACGAAGAAACUGGUCAACUAUAUGGUGGACCAUAUAUCACGAUGUCAAACUUUGCAAUGGAAUUAACAGGGUAUUAUUAUGCAACUGAAGCGGGUGUACACACAUUCAAAUUAGUUGCUAUAGAUGAUGCGGCUGCUGUAUUUAUUGGAGAUGGUUCUGGAUUUGACUGCUGUCUGACUUCGUCUACCAAGAACCCAUCAGACUAUGCAAUCUUUUCUGCAAAAUCUUGGGAUGAAGACUCGAAGGAUAUUGAAAGUUCUGUAUUGUUAGAAGCAGACUCUUACUAUCCUAUCCGUAUUGUAUACGCAAACGCAGUUGGCAUUGCCUCCAUGAAUUUUACCGUUACCAAACCAAAUGGUGAAACAGGCUCCGUCCUGGAGGAUGUCUAUCUUUAUGAACCUGCUGGAGAGUAUUGCCCAGGUACAGAGUCCUCCAUUCCGAGUUCGAGUACCGCCACUUCAUCUUCCGUCGCACCUUCAGCCACUUCAAUACCAGGAUGUUCAUCUCGUGUGGUCGUGGGAGCUUCUGGAUUUAAGGUAAAAGCUUACCCUUACCCCGUCAAUGAUCAAAAUAAAAUGGCUGACUUGAGUUGGAUGUCCGAAGGAUACAAGCAAGGAUCACUAUUGGCUGAAAUUGACGAUGUGAAGGAAGCUAAUUUCUAUUGGGAAUACGGACCGGACCCUCUAUCGAAUGAUGAAGAAACUGGUCAACUCUAUGGUGGACCAAGUAUCACGAUGUCAAACUUUGCAAUGGAAUUAACAGGGUAUUAUUAUGCAACUGAAGCGGGUGUGCACACAUUUACAUUAGUUGCUAUAGAUGAUGCGGCUGCUGUAUUUAUUGGAGAUGGUUCUGGAUUUGACUGCUGUCUGACUUCGUCUACCAAGAACCCAUCAGACUAUGCAAUCUUUUCUGCAAAAUCUUGGGAUGAAGCGGCGCAGGAUAUUGAAAGUUCUGUAUUGUUAGAAGCAGACUCAUAUUAUCCUAUCCGUAUUGUCUAUGUUAAUGCUGUUGGUGUUGGCUCUAUGAAUUUUACAGUUACCAAACCAAAUGGUGAAACAGGCUCCGUUCUGGAGGAUGUAUAUCUUUAUGAACCUGCUGGAGAGUACUGUCCUGCUGCAAGCUCAUCAAUCGAACAAUCUUCAUCUGUUGAACCUUCUUCGUCUGCUGAACCUUCUUCGUCUGUUGAACCUUCUUCGUCUGCUGAACCUUCUUCGUCUGUUGAGCCUUCUUCAUCUGUUGAAUCUUCUUCUUUUGAAAAUUCUUCAUCUGUUGAAUCUUCAUCUGUUGAAACUUCUUCGUCUGUUGAGCCUUCUUCAUCUGUUGAAUCUUCUUCUUUUGAAAAUUCUUCAUCUGUUGAAUCUUCAUCUGUUGAAACUUCUUCAUCUGUUGAGUCUUCAUCUGUUGAAUCUACUUCAUCUGUUGAGCUCUCAUCGUCAAUUGAGUCUUUUUCAUUCUUGAAUACCUCCUCUGUUGCAUCUAUAUCAUCGGUCAAACCUUCAACCAUUGUUCCGUCUUCAUCUCUUGACCCUGUCAGUUCUUCGUCGGAUAUACCUCCAUCAACUGCGAUAACUACAGAGCACCAGACCACUGUUAUCACGAUUACAUCUUGUUCAAACGAUAAAUGUACCGAAGUUCCUAUUACUACAGGAAAAACUGAAGUAACCACAACAGUAAAUAGUACCGUAUCGACAUACACCACAUAUUGCCCUUUGCCUAGCGAUUAUGGUAGUUCGGUCACCGGUACUCGAACAUCUACCGUAAUAGUAACCAUUACUACUUGUUCUGACGGUGCUUGCUCUGUAAUUCCAAAGACAACUGGUCAGGUAGUAGUCGCUAGUACUAUAUCGAAUACCAAAACUGUUUUUUACACAAUGAAUUGUCCAUUGCCUAAUAACGAGGAUAGCGUCUUGCCUGAAACAUAUUCAUCAUCAGACAAAAUCAAUAUCACCACCUGUCCAAAUGGUACUUGCUCUGGUAUCACAAAGGGCGCGGACGAGCUUAGUAACACCCGGUCUACCGGGGAAAAUGAUAGCCAGACCAAUAUCCCAAUUCCAAAUUCUACUCCUGUAUCCCCAACUACUUCUAGCAGUUCCAGUAUCAUACCCUCCAUUAUACCUACUGAGAACUCAUCGAGAAAGUUGAUAAUUUCAUCUCUCUCAGUUCUUGCAGGAACCCUCAUGGUAUACCUUAUUUGAUUCCGGGUUGAUCUCUAAUUCAACGCCAAAAGAACGUAAUGAAUAUUCACACAAUUGUUCAGUUAUGACAAAACUGCAACAUUGUAAUAAAUAAGGG